AUGGCGCUUUUUGCCGAAUACCAGAGUCGCCCCUUGCGCACACUGGUAACCCUCUUCGUCGCGUGGAAAGCCUUCCUAUUCACCGUCGCGUUAAGUACCCCUAACAAGAAUGGAUACGACACAUCAACUUCUUUGCUUUUCGAGCGUCUCUAUGGCUCUAGCUCACCCAUAGCGUCCGCCCUGACUACCCGCCUGACGCGGUGGGAUGCAAUCUACUAUGUCCACGCAGCCAAGGAUGGCUACGUUUAUGAACAGGAAUGGGCCUUUGGAACGGGUGUGGCGUUGUCUAUUCGGUACCUCACACAAUUCAUUCAGAGUCUUGGAGUCGAAGCAUAUGGAAUCGAACCGCUAGCGGGCAUUGCCAUCUCCAACGUAUCACAUCUAGGCUCCGUCUUGGCCCUUUAUAAGCUCACAGAGGUGCUCACAAAGGACGUCAAGCUUUCGUUUAUUUCUUCGGCUCUUUCGAUUAUGUCUCAUGGUGGUCUAUUUUUAUCCUCUCCCUAUGGUGAAGGCCCUUGCAGUCUUCUCUGCUUCCUUGCCGUGUUGCUAUUUGCUCUGCGAAGCCAACCUGGGCGAUCAACACUCAGGCGCUGCGCGCUAGUCAUUGCUUCAGGUGCUCUACUUGGUCUUGCUACUACAAUUCGAAGCAAUGGACUAUCAUAUGGUCUGAUUUUUGCUGUGGAGGCUGUCCAAACCGGACUGGCGUUUCUCCAGCAGCCCACCGCGGCUGGUUUUCUUCACGUCGCUGCUACAGUCGUGGGUGGCUCGCUUGCUGGAAGUGGUAUUUUAAUUCCGCAGUUAGCAGCCUGGUCACUUUACUGCUAUCCCGAUGCCCUUCGUCCAUGGUGCAACAAUACGCUCCCAAGCAUAUACACCUUUGUACAGGAUUAUUACUGGGACGUUGGAUUUCUCAGGUAUUGGACCUUGAAUCAACUACCUUUGUUCAUCGUUGCCGCGCCCACAUUACUUCUUCUUAGUCGGUCCGGAUGGGAUCUGUUCUUGGCUGGAGCAAUUCCUACCCGUGGAGCGCCGAAUCAGAGCCAUAAAACACUCAUUAUGACGCUAGCUGCCAUCCAGAUGACUAUGGCUGUCCUUGCACUUACAACGUAUCAUGUACAGAUUAUUGCUCGUGUAGCAUCUGGAUAUCCAGUUUGGUAUUGGUGGAUUGCUGCUUCCUUGUGUGUUGACAAAACCCGUGCGAAAGGCCAAAUGUGCAUAAUGUUCAUGGUCAUGUAUGCUGGGAUUCAAGGGGCGUUGUAUUCGUCUUUCUUACCUCCAGCAUAG